GGGCAGGCAGGCAGGCAGGCAGGCAGGAAAGAGCAGCAUUUAUUCACCAUGGCCGCAAGCAGAGUUAUGCGUGCUGCUGGCUUUGCGGCUCCGAAGAAGGGAGAGACUUUCGAAUUGCGAAGUGGUCUCGUCUCUCAGUAUGCCCACGAGCGUAAGGAUGCUAUUCAACGCACAAUUGCCGCCAUGACCCUCGGUAAGGACGUCUCUGCCCUUUUCCCAGACGUCUUGAAGAACAUUGCGACCCACGACCUCGCUCAGAAGAAGCUCGUUUACCUCUACCUCACAAACUACGCCAAAUCACACCCUGAUCUGUGUAUUCUCGCCGUCAACACAUUCGUCCAAGAUACCUCUGAUCCCAAUCCCUUGGUCAGAGCACUCGCCAUCCGCACAAUGGGCUGUAUUCGCGUCGAGAAGAUGGUCGACUACCUAUCCGAGCCCCUCCGCAAGACGCUCAAGGAUGAAUCCCCAUAUGUUCGCAAGACGGCUGCAAUCUGUGUAGCAAAGCUGUUUGAUCUGAACCCGACUAUGUGUAUCGAGAACGGAUUUUUGGAGACGCUCCAAGAGAUGCUGGCGGAUGCCAACCCUAUGGUGGUUGCCAACGCUGUCACUGCACUUAGCGAGAUCAUGGAGACGUCGCCGGAAACGCAGGCAUUCAUCAUGAACUCCAAGGUCUUGACGAAGUUGUUGGUAGCGUUGAACGAGUGCUCGGAGUGGGGACGUAUUACGAUAUUGAAUGCGUUGGCGGGAUACACACCAACGGACAUCAAGGAAGCAGAUCACAUUUGUGAAAGAGUUACUCCUCAAUUUCAGCAUGCUAACGCAGCAGUCGUGAUGGCGGCUGUCAAGGUCAUCAUGCUCAGUCUUGAUAAGGUCAAGCCUGAAUCAGCACUUCAGCUCAUUAAGAAGAUGGCACCACCCCUCGUUACCCUCGUUUCCUCCGCCCCCGAAGUGGAGUAUGUUGCGCUAAGAAAUAUCAACCUCAUCCUUCAGAAGCAGCCCGAUAUUUUGAGCAAGGAGAUGAGAGUGUUUUUCUGCAAAUAUAACGACCCUGAGUAUGUCAAGCUCGAGAAGCUGGAAAUCAUGAUCAAGUUGGCGAACGAGAAGAACGUGGAUCAGCUCCUUGCCGAGCUCAAGGAGUACGCUUCAGAAGUCGACGUCGAUUUUGUUCGACGAGCUGUCCGCGCCAUCGGUCAAUGCGCGAUCAAGAUCGACUCCGCCUCAGAGCGCUGCAUUAACGUCCUCCUCGACCUCAUCAACUCUUCCACCCACAAAGUCCCAUAUGUCGUCCAAGAAGCCAUCACAGUCAUCAAGGAUAUCUUCAGAAAGUACCCAUCAAGAUACGAAGCCAUCAUCCCAACCCUCUGCUCCUCUCUCGACGAUCUUUCUGAGCCUAAUGCUCGUGCAUCACUGAUCUGGAUCAUCGGAGAAUACGCGGAAAAGAUUUCGAAUGCUGACGAUCUCUUAAGUACGUUCUUGGAAGGAUUUGACAAUGAAGGAGUGCAAGUUCAAUUACAGUUGCUCACAGCGACGGUAAAGCUGUUCUUGAAGAAGCCCGAUAGCACGCAGGAGUUGGUACAAAGAAUGUUGAAGACGGCUACGAAUGACUGCGAUAACCCAGACAUCCGUGACAGAGCAUACGUUUACUGGCGUUUGCUAUCAUCGGACCCACAAGUCGCCAAGUCUGUCGUCUUAUCAGAGAAGCCUCCGCUUAGCACGGAGACUAAAUCACUUCCAGCCGGGUUGCUCAACGAGCUUAUCGGAGAAAUCAGCUCCCUGGCAUCCGUUUACCACAAACCAAAGGAGUCGUUUUUGGGUAGAGGAAGAUUCGGCGCCGAUAAGUUGCAGAAGCGGGCGAUUGAAGAGCAGCGUGCAUUGGCUCGUGAGGCUCCUGUCGAGGCUGCGUUGACGAAGGGUGGUGUGGAGAACCUUCUUGACUUUGAAGGUGGCAUGGAUAGUGGUGAGACCCCGAUCAGCCCAACUGCUGAUCCGGCUAUGGUGGCGCAGAUCUUGGGACCUGCGGUGGGUGAAGCAGGUGCUGGCAACCUUAACGACCUUCUUGGGUUGUUUGGUGAAGACCCAGCAGCUGGAUCAUCAGCAAGUGGAGGUUUUGCAGGCGGUAUCGCGGCUGGAUUAGAUGGGUUGAGUCUGGAGCCAUCACAAGCUCAACCCAAGAAGGUGAACAACGAGGAUAUCUUGGGGCUGUUCUAAUGGUGAUGAAUGGUUUGGGAUUUUUUGUAUUGCUCAGCUGAGUGCGUUCCGGUUUUACUUAUACCUAGCAUGUCGCCUUUUAGAGGCCUACCCGUCCUUUGCAAAAUUCUGCAGGUGUUUCGUACUUUGCUCCGUGUAUAUCCUUUCGUGCCCAAUCGUACCAGCAUCCCUCUCUCAACUCAUCUUCACGCCAACUGCAUCUUGUCCCAUUCUUCGGGAGUGUAGCUUUUCUAUGCGUCGCUAUUGGUUAGCUGCGGUCCCGAAGCUUGACGAAGCGAUUACGAAACUUGUGUGAAAGCGUGCACCUUCGCGAUCUCCUCCUUCAGUGCCUUGUUGACCAGUCUAUG